UCAUGGCUGCCAAGUUGUGAUCGUAGGAAAAGCGUAUCACAAAUUAACCAAAGUCAUAUAACUUCAUAUACGUCUGCUUAUGACAUAAUGGGUUCGUCUAAAAAGCAUAAGGAAAAGGAUAAGGACAGAGAUCGCGAAAGAAGAAGAGAGAAAGACCGAAAACACCGCGAUAGAGACAAGGAGCGCGAGAAGGACGGGGACAGAGAUAAAAGAAGGCAUGAUGAACGGCAUCGAGAGAAGCGAGCUCAUGGAUCGGAUGAAGAAACAGAAAGAAUUGAGAAGAAAAAGUCUAAGAGAGAAGAGUAUGAUGACCUCUAUGAGUACGCCAUAGAAGAAUCGGCUCGCGAGGAUCGAAGCAGCGACGCACAGCCCAAGCAAGAGGGAGGAGACAUUUCUUUAAGCAUUGAGGAGACUAAUAAACUGAGAAUCAAACUUGGACUAAAGCCUCUUGAAGGUACUGACUCAUCUGGAACACAAGAGGAAAAUGCAACUUCUAAGAAAGAGGAUGUUCAUGUGCCAGCAAUCAACAUGGCUGACCAGAAAGAAACUGAAAAGUUUAAAAGGAAACUGGAAGAAAUGAAGGAAAAGAGAAGAAUUAACAAAAAACUAGGAAAAGUGAAAAGCUUGGGUACUGCCGACAGUGAUGAUGAUGAUGACAGUGCCAUGUCAUGGGUUUUAAAGAGUAGGAAAAAAGAGAAUGAAAAGGUUUUGGCUGAGAAAAGGGCACAAUUGCUGGAAGAAAUGGAUGAAGAAUUUGGGAUAAGUGAUUUGAUGGAGGAAGAAUUUCGAUCUCUGUCAAAAUCAAAGAAGCCAACAUACUCAAGCCAGGAUCUUAGAGGCAUAAAAGUUGAACAUUCACAAGAACAUUUUACGGAGGGUUCUACUGUGAUUAUGACCUUAAAAGAUGCUGGUGUCCUUGAUGAAGAUGAGCAAACUUUGGUAAAUGUAAAUAUUGUGGACAGAGAAAAGGCAGAUAAAAAUGUUGAACUUCGGAAAAGAAAACCAGAUUACAAACCGUAUGAUGAGCCAGAAAUUGAUGAAUAUGGCAAGGUCAAACAGCGAGGACUUUUAGAGAAAUAUGAUGAAGAAAUUGAUGGAGAGGAAAAGAAAUCGUUUGUCCUUGGUUCAGGAGGAACUUAUGACUCAACUAAGGAAGAUGAAGUUAAAAAGAUACAAGCAAAACUUAAAGCCCAGAUGGUGUCGCUAGAAAUGGCGCAGCCUCGACCGGUUGCAGAAUACUAUACCCAGGAAGAAAUGGUCAAAUUUAAGAAACCAAAGAAGAGAAGAAAGAUUAAAAAGAGAGAAACACUCAAGGCAGAUGACCUUGAGGCAUUACCAGGACAAACAGAUUUACACAGUGAUCGUGGAUCACGGAGUGUGAAGUCCAUACUGAAGAAUACACCUAAGAUGGAGGAGAGAGAAGAAACAGGCGACAUGAUGGAACUUGAUCCUUUGGAGCCCGAAGACGAUGCAGUUCCUAUGGCUGAUACAGACAAUGGUGCUAUAGUCGAAGAUGACGAGGCCCAGUUAGAAUUACAACUGGCAUUAGAGAGGUCACGUCGACUAAAACAGAAGAAAUCGACGAUCGGCGCAGAAAAGGUUGUCGAGGCUCUAGCCACAGUGAUUAAAAAAGAAAAAGAGGAAGACGUAGACAAUAAAGAUUCCAUCAUUUUGAACUCGACUUCUGAGUUUUGCCGAACACUCGGGGAGAUACCUACUCUGAGUGCACCUGGCGAGGAAGCGGAGGAGGAAGAGGAAGAUGAUAAUGAGUGGCGAAUGGAUGUCGAGAGAGACGAAGAAGCUGAACCGCAGGGAGGAUGGGAAUGGGUGAAAACACAAGAAGAAAAGAGGAAAAAAGAACGAGAAGAGGAAACGGAAAAUAACAUUCUUGACGCAGAACCUUUGGUUGGAAAAGGCGUAGGCGCAGCUUUGUUUCUUGCAUCAAAGAAAGGUUUACUGGAACAAAACUCGAAGGCAAAGAUUGAAGGAAAAGCUUUGCCAUUUCUCCCCUCUGUUGGUGUUGUGGACGAAGAAAAAAUGCGCGAAGAGGAGCGUGAACGCGGAGGUCGAUCUUCAAGGGAUAUUGACAGAGACCGCGACCGAGACCGAGACCGAGACCGAGACCGCGAUAGGGACAGACAUGGUGGUAGUUCAUCAAAGAAUAAGCAAGAAUACAAACCCGACGUAAAGCUGGAAUACUAUGAUGAUAAUGGCCGACCUCUGACACCCAAAGAGGCUUUCCGUUUCAUGUCCCACAAGUUCCACGGGAAAGCGUCCGGGAAAAUGAAGACUGAGAAAAGGAUGAAGAAACAGCAGGAUGAAAUGGCGCUUCAGAAGAUGAACUCUGGAGACACGCCACUCAACACCGCAGCGCUUCUGAUAGAGAAACAGAAAAAUGCUCAGUCGCCUUUCGUUAUUCUAAGUGGCGGAGGACAAACUUUCUCUACCGGGACCACAAUCUCCAAACGGAAGUAAGCAUAACCGCAAGAAUAUCUUUUAGAGUUUUAGUAAUCACCCACAGGAAAUAUGGUGGUCUGCACGUGCAUUACACUCAAAGACGCUAGAACUCGCCACAAUCUUCAUAGAAAGACGCAGAUCACGUGGGUAUCAGUGGCAGUUAUGUAGCAUGAUGAAACGGAACUGUUGUAGUAACGUAGGAUCUAAUAAAGGUUUGCUUAAAUUUC